UAAUUAACCCAUGGUUAAACCCCCCACAAAAUCCCCCCCCUUUUUUUUAUAAAAAAAGGCUAUUUAUUAAAUACUCUUUCACUUCUACUUCUUUCUAUGUCUCUCUCCUUGUUUUCUAUGUCUCUCUCCUUGUUUUGGUAAACCACUUUUGGUUACCAAAACACUCACCUCUUCAUUCUUCAAAGUCGCUGAUUCUUAACCAGCAGAGAGACCUAACCGUACCCAUCCUUCUAUUUCUUGCAUUGAGUUUCUUUCUUCUUUCAAUCCCGGUCUCUGUUUUUCUCUCAUUGCAGAAUCUGAACAGAGAGCUCAAAGAACAGAGUAAAUGAAGAGGUCCCCUGAUUCAUCAUGCUCUUCUUCUUCAUCUUCUUCUUAUUCUUCCUCUGCUUCAUCUGAUACGCCACCGCAUCAAUUAAGACCAGAGACACGCAACUCCAAACGUGUUAAGAGAAUUCACAAGAAGCAAGACAAAUGCCAGCCUAAUACCACCAGUCCUACCUCCGGCGGUAGAAGAAGCUCCAUUUAUAGAGGAGUGACCAGGCAUAGAUGGACGGGAAGGUUUGAGGCUCAUCUAUGGGACAAGAGUUCAUGGAACAACAUUCAAAACAAGAAGGGAAGACAAGUUUAUUUGGGGGCUUAUGAUAAUGAGGAAGCAGCUGCUCGUACCUAUGAUCUAGCUGCUCUAAAGUACUGGGGUACAGAGACAACCUUGAAUUUUCCGAUAGAAACAUACUCUAAGGAGCUUGAAGAGAUGCAGAAGAUGAGCAAAGAAGAGUACCUGGCUUCUCUUCGACGGCGAAGCAGUGGCUUUUCUAGAGGAGUGUCUAAGUAUCGUGGCGUGGCUAGGCAUCACCACAAUGGUCGGUGGGAGGCAAGAAUUGGAAGAGUUUUUGGCAACAAGUACCUUUACCUCGGAACUUAUAACACACAAGAGGAAGCUGCAGCAGCCUAUGAUAUGGCAGCAAUAGAGUACAGAGGAGCAAAUGCUGUGACCAAUUUUGAUAUCAGCAAUUACAUAGACCGCUUAAAGAUGAAAGGCAUCCCACUAGAUCAUAUCCUUCCAGCGGACCCACUUCCCAACUCCUCCGUCGAGUCUGAAGAAGCGGAAGCCGAUGUUGAACAACCACCAUCGCCAUCACCAAUACCAUCAUCACAACCACCACCACAAGAAGAAGAUGAAGAACAACAGAUUGCUUCACCACAGCUUCAAGGCACACAGCUCCCUACGUGCAUUGACACUUCAACUAUGAUAAACAUAGAUCCGAUCGAAGAUCAUGAUCUCACUUGGAGCUUUUGUUUGGAUUCUGGAUUGGUCACUCUCCCUGUGCCUGACCUUCCCCUUGAAAAUGCCUGUGAGUUACCGAACUUGUUUGAUGAUACAGGCUUCGAAGACAACAUUGACUUGAUAUUUGAUGCAUGUUAUUUUGGAAAUGAUGGGAAUCCAGAGUUCAUGUCGGAAAAUGCAGGAUGUGGGGUACAGGAGUUCCGCAUUUCAGGGAGCAUAGAAGAGGAGAAUGGGAAGGAAAGGUUGUCUUCUAGUUCAAGUUCUCCUUUUUCAACAACCACCUCGGUUUCUUGUAACUAUGCUCUCUGAAGGGCCUUUGAGCCUUGAAGACUGGAAUAACGUCGAGCUUAAUUUGCUUUGGGUUCUUUGAAGGGUUCUGUUGUGGCUACUACAUGGGAAAAAAAAAAGAUAGAUUUAUUCGAUAAAGUUUUAAGGGUUGUUUUC